GACCUAUUUGAACACGUGAUCAGAAGCUCCGCCCACUUGCAAACCAUCAGCAGGAAGAGACGCUAUAAUCUCUCUCUCCUCUGAUAAACAAAAACAAACACAAAUGCAGCCGCCAGCAUGAAGAAACGCGCGUUAGAGGAGUAUUGUUAAGUCUUUGAUUCUCGAGUUUGUUCAGAACUAAGAGAGAGAGAAGCGUCAUUAAAGUGAAAGUGAAACCGCGGUUUAAAUGUCUUCGCAAGCGGAAUACGACUACAUCUGCCCGGUGUGUCAUGAAGUCUUCCGUGUCCCCGUUAUCUUACCGUGCGGUCACAGCUUCUGCCAGCGGUGUGUCCGUCAGUUCUGGAGCGGCAGGAGGGCUCGGGAGUGUCCGGUGUGCAGGAGAUCUUGCAGACAUCUUCAGCCGGUGGUGAACCUGGCGCUGAAGAACCUGUGCGAGGAGUUUGAGACGCGGAGGAAACGCAGCAGACCAGAGGACAUGUGCGGUUUACACCAAGAGAAGCUCAAACUCUUCUGUCUGCAGGAUAAUCAGCCCGUGUGUGUGGUGUGUUUCACUUCUCAACAGCACGACCAGCACACACUCAGACCCGUCGCUGAAGCUGCUGCACCCCGCAAGGAUCAGCUGAGUGCAGCACUGAAGAUCUUACAGGAGAAACUGCAGCACAGAGAGAAGACUAAAGAGGAGCUCCAGAAAACACUCCAGCACAUCAGGGCUCAGGCGGAGCAGACGGAGCGUCAGAUCAGACUGCAGUUCCAGAAGCUCCAUCAGUUUCUCCGUGAUGAAGAAGAAGCUUCAGUGUCUGCUGUGAGGGAGGAAGAGGAGGAGAAGCAGCAGAUGAUGAAGGAGAAGCUGGAGGACAUCAAUAAACACAUCUCAGAUCUCUCACACGCCAUCAGAGACACGGAGGAGAGCAUGAGCCGCAGCAGCAUACGCUUUCUACAGGAGUUCACAGUGUCGAUGGAGAGAGUCCAGAUUUCUCCGCCUGAUCCACAGAUCCCUGCUGGAGCUCUGAUCAAUGAGUCUCGACACCUGGGGAACCUGAUGCACAGAGUCUGGAGGAAGAUGGAGAACAUCGUCCAGCACACUCCUGUGGUUCUGGACCCGAACACGGCUCAUCCAGAUCUGCUGGUGUCUGCUGACCUGAGCAGUGUGAGAUGGAGCUGGAGCAAACGGGCUCUCCCUGAUAAUGCGGAGCGAUUCGACCACCACCCCUGUGUUCUGGCCUCAGAAGGCGUCCGCUCGGGCACUCUCAGCUGGGCAGUGGAGGUCAGACAGAGCUCAGACUGGACUCUGGGGGUCACCACAGAGCUCAACCAGAGGAAGGGCUGGGAUUUCUUCAGCGCUGACGUCUGGAGCGUGUGCUAUGAUGAGUACAGCGUGUCCGAGCGGCCCGUGUUCGGGGUCCGGGUGAAGCAGCGGCUGGAGCGAGUGCGUGUGGAUCUGGACUAUGAUGGAGGAACCAUCAGCUUCUCUGAUGCGGUCAAUAACACACACAUACACACCUUCAGCUCCAACUUCACACACACACUCAUUCCGUUCUUCAGCUGUUACACCAUAUUCAAUCUCAAGAUCUUACCGUCGAAUAGUCAACAACAGCUCAAUACUAAUGCAGAACUUACUCCUUAAAGAGACAGUACACACAAAAAUGACAGCUUACUGAGUAUUUACUCUCCCUCAAGUGCUUCCAAACCUGAAGUUUCUUUCUUCUGUUGAACACAAAGCAAGAUAUUUCGAGAAAGCUGAAACCAUUGACUUCUAUAGGAAAAGCAAAGACUAUGGAAGCAAUAGUUACAGGUUUUUGGCUUUCUUCAGAAUAUUUUCUUUUGUGUUCAACAGAAGAAAGAAACUCAUAAAGGUUUGGAAUGAGUAAAGUGUGAGUAAAUGAGGACAGAUUUUCAGUUUUUGGGUGAGAUGUGCCUUUAAAGCAGGUAUUCACCUCUUGAAGUUAAUGUUGACCAUCAGCUUUUGGGUUUCCAGCAUUUUUCAAAAUAUGUCUAUUAGUUUGUUCAUCAGAACAGGUUUUGAUCAAGUGGAGGGAGAAUUUUCUGAACAUUAUCACAUCUGUGUUGUUUGAAACUAGGGCUGGGAUAAUAUAUUGAUUUAUUGCGAUUUGAGAAAUGAUUCUGAAAUGUUCUGAAGGCAUUGCAAUUCUUUCUUAAAUAUAUUCUGAGUUUAGUUUUUACCACCUGCUGGUAAAAUGAUCCUAGAGCACCGUCUGCUGGAAAAAACUAUGCUAGAGCACCGUCUGCUGGUAAUAACUAGCCUAGAGCACCGUCUACUAGUAAAAACGAUCCCAGAGUACCGUCUGCUGGUAAAAACUAGCCAAGAACACCGUCUGCUGGUAAAAACAAUCCUAGAUGGCCAUCUGCUGGUAAUAACUAGCCUAGAGCACCAUCUGCUGGUAAAAACUAGCUUAAAACGUCAUUUGCUUGUAAAAACUAGCCUUAAACGCUGUCUGCUGGUAAAAAAAAAAAA